AUGUUCGCCGUGUCAGAAAGGGCACGAGAUGAUGUGCCUGUCAGUAGAUUAGGUCAAUGGAUCAAGGAGAAGAUUGAUGAUGGAUUGAUCAGUUUUCCUACACUCAGUAUACAAGUAUUACCUCAUUCGUUAUCAUCAGCAUUCAAGGAUCCUGUUGUGCGAGUAAGCGGUCGCGUUGGUGAUGAGCGUCUUCUUUUACAAGCAUGUGAACGUCUUCGAGAUCUUAUAUUUGUUCCAGAAGUUGCGGAAAAGGUAUCUUUUUCGACACAUAUGGAAGUACCAGCUGCCCAGCGUUCACAGCUUGUAGGGACGCCAGAUGGAGCACAACUGCUGGUAAUAUCGCGGGUGACGAAAGCGUUGCUUCAUUUCCCCUCGCAUUCGGACGAAGCAUCUCAAACAUUAUUCUUUUAUUUUACGGGACAGCCCGAGUCCAUACUCAGAGCCCGCAGAUAUGUUCAGGGUUUGCUACCGAUGCAACUUUGUUUCCACGCCGGAAGCGAAGACCUCCGUGCUCGUAUUGAUCCUGAGAAUCGCCUCAUAAAAUUUUACGAUGAAGUUCUUCGUGUCUCUGUUCGUGUUGUUCCUUCUGAUCUCGAGUCACUCUCGCUGUUGCCGGGUGAUCAGAUGAGGCAUUUUAUCUCACUGCGAAGCAGCGAGUACAAUGUUGGUGCAUUGUAUGCUGUCAUGCGACGGGUCCUCAAACGUGGUGAUGACAUUCCCAUGGUGAAGCCGACGGACUAUGCGGAAAUGUUGCCGCUGAUCCCUGAUCUCAUCAAGCAUGCUUGCGAAGUAAAUGUAAAGUGUCGGCUGGAACCGAGUAUAUUCGACAUAACUACCUUAUCACCUCUGCUAGCACCAACUAUCUUGUUGCAUCCUGCAAAUUCAUCGCUGUCUUUGUCAACAGAAGCAGCCGAUCAGUCGCUAGAUGCGGACUUCCUUGCUUCGUCAGAAAACGCUAUGCUGUCACAGUGCAGAGAGCCUUUCGCACCUUUCACUCGUUCGUGUUUGGACAAUUCCUUCGAUACAACCUCUUCUGCCCAUUCAUCCAGGAAUGAAAAUGAAGUGACUGCACGUGGUGGAGCCUCAGCAGUGAGCAGAAGUCGGCAUUCUUCUCCAAAACAUUAUUUUUCGAACAAGCAUUUCGGCCGCCAUAGUGGUUUGGACAAAGAAGGCUUCCCACGUGAGAAAGUUGAGCAGUUUUCAGGCCCUUACAUCACUUACAGUCGUAGGAAUUAUCAUGGUGAAGGGAGGGGAGCCUCAUUUCGUGGUUCUCGUUUUGCGGCGCCAAAUCCCUCUCAUCCUUCCAUGAAGCACCAUCUUGCUUUGCGCAGUCGUGAUGGAGAAGCUGGCAGAGGUGACGAUAGUCGCUAUCAGCGUUCGGAAUUGGAGCUAGAUCAGUCCCGCUUAGCUGCAGAUGAUUUCGGCCAUCGAAAAGAACUACAGCUUCAUCAUGUUGCUGAGCGUAUCAGUCACAGGUGCGCCUUAAAACCUUUAAUGACAUUUGCUGACACCGGCUGUUUUAUAGCGCUUCUGACCGCCGUAUCGCUUCCGAAUGGCGUGGAAAACAGGCGUCAGAUAGCUUCCAAGAUUGAACUGCAGCAUCGGGUCAAAGAGGAGAUUGCUGAUGAUGAUAAGGAAAACACUCAUCACACUUCUAGCAGA